AUGGAUUUGUAUCAACACAAUUUCUCUAACGUUGAAGAUACAUUUAUACAAAUAACAGCAAAUGGAGAUGAUAUGGAGGGAGGUCUCACUGGCCGUAAGCAUGGGGAAGAUGAUGAUGAAAAUGAUAGUGAUUCCAAAAUAACUCGGUUCUUACAAACUGAUCACUUUCAAUCUAAAAUAGGGAGCAGAAGUGACUCUCUUAGUCAUUCAAUAGUACAGGAGUCAGGACGCAGUCCGACCAGACUAUCAAUUUCUAACAAUUCAGACUGCGGUAGUAUAAGAGCAAAACAGACUAGAAAAAAGUGGAAAGAAGAUGAAGAUAUUGUCUUCCUUGAUAUAGUGUUGAAACAAUCACAACUGUUGACUUUUGUUGAAUACUUCAAGCCAAUGAAAAAUUUUUGGGCUCAUGUUUCAAAAGUGCUAAAAAAUGAGCACAAUUAUAAAAGAAACGGGAGACAGUGUCACGAUAGAUUCAAAGUUCUUUAUAAUAAGGCGGUCAAACUUAAAGCUUAUUCUAAUCUAACAUUAGGGGAACCUCAUAAAAAAAAGGAUCUUACAGGACUGCAGACUCUGUUGAUACUGCUAUUAGAAACAUUUUCUUUCCAUAACGGAAAUAUAAUAUUAAGAUCACAGGACACCUCAAACUCAGAUUCUCGUAGUAUUUUGGACAAUAGCAGUGGAAAUGGCAGUGAAAAUUUCAAAAGUAGUUUGAAAAAUGGGCACCACUCUGUAAAGGACGCAGUCAUUUAUGACAAUUUUCCAGAUUUUUCAAUAAAGCAUCAACACUCUACCUUAGAUGCUUUCCCUUCCGUUAGUGCUUCUACAGUUGAUUCAGAUUUUAUAGUACCCCAUGAUAAUCGAACAGAAGCAUCACAACAUAUAAAAUUUGAAGGUCCAUCUUUCAUACACUCAUCAAACAAACAAUACAUCGAUAGUUUAUUUCAACCAUUAUUUUCAGUUGUUGGAGGAUUGAAAGAACAAAUAGAUGCGUUACAAAUGCAAAUUAAUUCAGUGGGAUCUGAGAUGCAUCUCGCCAAAAUUAGUGCACAUUCCCUACAGAAUGCAUCGCAGGGUCAAAGGAAUAUGAUACAUGAGGUGUACUCCAUGAUUAGAACAAUCGGAGGACAUACAGAAGGUGAAGAUGGGCAGCAAAAUGACAAUUGA